AAUUCUUCCAUUCCAUAGCAAACAAACACAAAACAAACUUCUUACUCUCCAUUGUCUAGUUUGGAUUAUUUUUCUUUAACCUUGAAAACAUGCCGGUCGCCGAGUCAGUUAAGCCAAGUGGAUCAUCCUCCGAAGGAUACAAGCAUAAACACCUCCACCGCGAAGUCAGAGAUAUGGUCUCAACCAUCACUCAUCGCCUCACCAACAUUCACAAAUCUGGCUCUGUCCAAGCUGGCCAAGAGGAAUUUGAUGAGGAUGACAAUGGUGUGAGGAUCAUCACCCUCGCGGGAACAAACACUGGGGCAACCCUCCAAGGGGAGCUGGACGAUAAGUCCUCGGGGCUAGAUGGGGACCAACCGGUGCUAGGAGAAUCGGACGCCUUGCAAACCUACGUCAACAGCAACUUCCAGGCAGUCAACAACUCCAUCAUGAUGGGAGGGAGCUACAACACCAAUGACCCUGGCGUUCAUGUGGAGAUAUCUGACUUUGUUGAUCCUAAAGAAUCUAAGGCUGCACAAAAGCGGGUAUGGAAGGGAAAGAAGAAGAACAAGGAAGCUGCCAAAAGUGACAAAACAACCGAAUCUGAGAGCUCUGAUUAAGGGUUUCAUGGAGUUGGAGAGGUGACGUGAGGAAGGAAGUGCAUGGAGGUGUGUUCUAAGUUAUCUCUAUACGUAGUGUCAUGUCAUGUGGUACUUUAGCCAUAAUGAGAAUGGUGAAUAAGGUCUUCUUAUGACUAAAAUAUAUGCUGUUUGAGGCUUGAGAGCUAGACUAGAUGGCGGUAUUGCUUCUACCCCAGAAUAAAUUGCUUGUUUUACGUUAAUAUAUAUAUAUAUAUAUACAUAUAUAUACGCAGAAAUAUAAGGCAAGAAAAAUAGUUGUGUUACUGUGCUAUUGCAUACGAGUCGAGCAAUAAAUUUGUUAAAGCUCUUGUACCCU